AUAUAUAUUCCACAAUUAUUCAGUAGGUGGCAGUUAAAAGCCUGGAUGAGCUUUGCCGUCGCCAUUUAGGCAGUAGCACUAGCAGGGGCUGGAGUCAGUCCGUCCCUAAAAGCAGAGAGGCUGCGAUCAAGCCAACGAGAGCAUUACCCACAACCCAGGUACCGGGGAGCGAGCGGAGAGGAGCAGAGCCGCGGGAGGAGAGGGCAGGCAGCAGCCAGCACAGGGCACAAGGGGCUGCAGCCUCCCUUGAUUAAGGCAGGGGCUCCUUUCUGGUGGAGGAAACCCAGGGCAGAGAGGGAGAAGAGCUGGUGCAAUGACAGGCAGAAACUGAAGAGCAUUUGAAGCUUUCUGCUCCCACACAGGAAUGAAAAAUUCCAGUUUAUAACCCUGCUGCUCAUAGUGGCUUUAUGACCUACCUGUUGAAAGGCAAACAUUCAACACUAAUUUUUCCCCCCUAGCUGACCAAGUGGCACACAGGGAAACAUGCCUGAGCAAAGCAACGACUACAGGGUAGUUGUGUUCGGAGCUGGUGGAGUGGGCAAAAGUUCCUUGGUUUUGAGGUUUGUGAAAGGCACUUUCAGGGAGAGCUACAUCCCCACCAUUGAAGACACCUACCGGCAGGUGAUCAGCUGUGAUAAGAGCAUAUGCACCUUGCAGAUAACCGACACCACGGGGAGCCAUCAAUUUCCAGCCAUGCAACGUCUUUCUAUCUCUAAAGGACACGCCUUCAUUUUGGUUUACUCCAUCACCAGCCGGCAGUCCUUGGAGGAACUCAAGCCAAUCUAUGAACAAAUAUGUCAGAUUAAAGGAGACAUAGAAAGCAUUCCAAUAAUGCUGGUGGGGAACAAGAACGAUGAGAACCAAAACCGAGAGGUGGAGAGCAGCGAAGGAGAAGCCAUGGCUAAGAAGUGGAAAUGUGCCUUCAUGGAGACUUCUGCCAAGACGAACCACAAUGUGAAAGAGUUGUUCCAAGAGCUGCUCAACCUGGAGAAACGCAGGACUGUGAGUUUGCAAAUUGAUGGCAAAAAAAGCAAGCAGCAGAAAAGGAAGGAGAAGCUGAAAGGCAAAUGCGUGGUGAUGUGAAAUUGCAUUGUCAGAAGUCAGCUGUGAAGUCCUACCUGAGAACACGCAUGUAAUACCUAUAGACACCAAACAACCAUGCAAGAUCCUAUUUAUUAGUAUCUGUUCUGGAAGAAAGCUUCAGAAUUUGAAAAAAUGAGAUACUGUGGUUGCUAUGACAAAAAUCAACAAAUAAAAAAGCAUGCACUCAAUGAAAAUAAAUCAGGAAGAAAGAGAAAGAUGCCCCAGGAUACCUAAUUUUGUAAUUUACAGAAAAGAAGAAUUUUCAUCAUUCACACACAUAAUGUGAAAGAUUUGGAAAGUCAACUUAAUAAUAUUUUCAUUUGCAUAUAACUACAAGAGAAAGCACUGUGUAAUGUCAGAAGAAAAUAAAAAAAGUAGUUGUGAAGAAACCUAGAACAUACAAAUACAUUCUGGGUGGCAUUAAUCAUUUUCUUUAAGAAUGCUGUAAACAAAAAAUUCUGUGCCAUUUUCACUACUAACUGGUGGAGAGUGUACAUAAGAGAGUUUUGGAUCUGCCAAAUAAAUGAACUAUUGCACAGUAAAAGGAAGUGUGGGUAUAGCAGUUAAAAGGAAUAGAUAUUAUCUCUACCCUUCAGAAUAAUAUUUCAUUCUGGUGGGAUGCAGAAUUUGGACUGAAGGUUGUCGAAAAGACAGUCCCUGCAGGAGAGGUGGAGAUCAUUUACUUUUCUGGACUCACUGCUUCAAGAAUGACCUGUGUUUCUGGACCAAAUAUGUUUCAGAAGAACAGACAUUUGCCUGUGGAGAAUGUCAGAUUGUAUAAAAAUGGUGUACAUAUACAAACAGAAAGCUUUGCCCAGGGAGGACUGACUAGGGAGACCCCUAAAAAGCCUCUGUGGGAAAGACUCAAUUCAAAUGCUGCUGCUGGUUAAAUGAACACAUGGUGUGAUUAAUGAAUGAAUGAAUGAAAUGUCUUUUGAACUGGUGAACUGGUGGUACCCUUGGACAGGGGUCAAUGCAGGAUACAAAGUUUUUAUUCAAUUUAUCAGAUUAGAUGAGUGAUGCUUCUUUACAUUACCAUAUUCCAAUCAGAAUGGGGUUAUGUUUCUGCACUACUAGAUCUACUGCCUUUAUAUUGUCUGAAGAGUUUUAUAUCUGCCAUUUAAAUUCAUUAUUUGAACUACUGUGACUAUUUAUAGAACCAAAUCCUAUAUCUGGAGUUAGGGCCCAUUGGAGCCUCUCAGAGAAGAUUUUCUGGGAUAAGCACUACAGGAUUUGGCAUACUAGGGGUUGCAGUCAGUACUGUGUUACAAUGCAAUAGAAAGUUCAGAAUAGAAAAAGAAAAUAUUUAAAACACUCUAUCAGGGGAAAUUGCUGUUCUCAAAACCUUCGAAAGGGGAAAAAUUGUACAAAAUGUGAGCUUUCCUGGAUGUCUCUCCAAAGCUUUUUUAAACACUAAUAUGAAUGACUGAAGUAUGAAUCCUACUGAUAACAAAGGCCAUCUAACAUAAAAUAAGCACAUACAGUUUUUAAGGGACACAUUAAAAUUGCAGAAGUCACAAUUUGCACCUUAGGAACUGCUUUGAACCAAUAAAAAAGCCUAGCAUACUUUUAGUAAAUGUUUAUAUCAAGAAACAUGGGAAAAUGAAGUCAAGUACUAAUAUUACUAGCAUGCAUCCUGUUGCAUCAUAAAUACUUUCCAGGAGAUGCUCAAAUGCAGUAAUUGCAUUAAAAAUUGCUACCUUGUUUCUCUCAGAGUUAUUGCUUGCUUAACUUCUACCUUUCUAACAAAUGUGCAGAUAUUUCACAAGUAGAGUGAUGGUAUACAUUCCUUUGAGGAAGAAUUGCUAUUAGCACUGUCUAGAAAGGAGCACAGCUUUUGUCAUUCACUCAGAAGAAAUUCUGGCACCAGUAGAAUCAAAUGUGAAGCUGCUACUUAUUUCAGAAAGACUUUUUUUGUGUGUAUUUACUUCAUUGCAUUAGAAGAGAAAACUGUAAAGAGCAUGGGAAGAAAAGCUAAGAUUCUUCAUUGACUACAAAUUCCUGGCUCUUACACAACGCUCUUUCUCCAUAAAUCUCAAAGCACUUUGCAAAAAGGACAGCAUCAUUAUCUUAACUUCUCAGGUAGUGAAAGUGAGGCAUGAAGAGAGGAAGCAACUGCACAUAGGUUGCCCAGUGGGUUAGUGGUAGAUCCAGGAACAAAAGCAGAUCUCCUCUGUCCCAGUUCAGUGCUCACUCUGUGUUUUGUCAGACUGUCUCUUCACAUUCUUAAAUAGUUUCUGAAACACAUAAAGAAGCCUGGUUUGGCUUACACAGCCAGGUGCAUCUUUCUCGACUCUCUGUCAAUAAAUCAAACAGUAUUUCCAGAUCAGGGAUGCAAAGCAUUUAAAAGCACUAUGUUUGGUAAGACUUUUAUAAAUGUUUAUACAUAGACGGUGUAAAAAAAAAUUGCUGAUGAUACUCAACAUCACAGCAUUCGAUCCCAUGGAUGAAGCUGGGAAAAAAGCAUGAUCAACCUUAAGGAGGCAUACAAAGAUCAAAAUUAGAGAGGUUACCCACAGAUGCUAACACACCGGUGCCAAAGGUCAUCAUGCAUGGCACAUGCCUUAGCAGCCAGCAUGGAAUAAUGAUAGAAAUUCAAAAAGAAAAAAAAAAGGCUAUAUAUACCUUUUAACAUUAUUUCUUUAACUGGAGGAAUAAUUUACAUACUAAAGUAUCUUGCAGAAGUACAAUAUAGGGGAUCUAAAUUACUUAAAAUGUACUGACUGCAAAGAUAUUACAGGCUGAAAUUUGGCCCUGGACUUUUUUCUGAAUGUGCCUCAUAGCAAGAAAAGAGUAAUUGUAUGGUAAAUAUGGAAAUAAAACUAGUAGCUGCCAGUGUUAGGCUUGAGGACCAUUUCCUUUAGUUUCCAGUUGAUUCCUCACUUGCUACAUUAUAAGCCAUGAAGUAUUUCAUGGACUUGCAUGUAUAAAAGCAAGGCCAGUACAGAAGCAAUAUUACUCAAGGACCACAGACUCAAAAGAGAAGAUAUUUUAUACCCUUGCAUUGCCAUCCUAGUUUAUACUAUUAGAUUUUACAUAUCUUGCAUACGUGUGAGCUGGUUGAAAACAUUUGUUUUGCUAUUACUUACAGAAUUAUUUUUUUUAAUACAGAAAAAAUAUAAGGUAAAUAAAGAAAAUAUACAGCUUUAUUACAUUUUGUGUUUUAUUUGAGAAUGUGGUAUCAGUAUAAUAAUCUCUUUAAAAAGUAUAUAAAGAAUAUUUAAAAUAUGUAAGGUCUGCAGUGAAUUUUAGUACCCAGAAAAUAUGAUCUAGUAAAAAUGAAUCUUUAAAAUGCAUGAUUUUUAUAUGUAUAUGUGAAAUAUUAAGUAUAUAGUUAUCAUGAAAAUGUGUUGUUGCAAUUUCAUUAGCAAUUGUUUUAUUUGAAAACUGGAUAUGAAGUAAUUUGUGCCUACAAGUUUCCCUGUGUGUGGUGAUGUUCUCAACAUACAAAAUAAAGUUUUAAAUCUAAA